GAAAAAUAAAAAAAUUAUCAAGAAAAUAAAUACAAGCAAAAAUUACAAUGCAGCAAAAAGCAAAUAUGUACAAAAAUUUUAAAAUAGCAAAUUUACAUGUAACUGAUGUUGAUUUGGAAAUAAUGGCAGCAACUGGACGAAGUCCAUCAUCUGAUUCUGGCGUUGGAUUAGCAGUGUCUGAUAUUAGAAAUCGACCUGCAUGUCCACUGCCAUAUCGACCAUUAUCCGCUGGACCAAUUUUACAUCGCCAUCAUUAUCAUCAUCAUUCAUCAUUACGUCAUUUAGGAGGAUCACAAAAUCGUUUAGCGCCAACUAAAACUGUUGGUACAAAUACACCAACAAAACAAGGUAGUUUAGGUGCUAAUAACAACAACAAUAAUAAUAAUAAUAACAGUAAUAUUGAAGGAAAUGGUGGUGGAGGUUAUAAUCAACAACAACAACAGCAACAACAACAAUUACAGCUACAACAUAAUUUACAGCGAAGUGAUAUUAUUGGUGAAAAACAAGAUGAUUCAUCAAAUGAUAGAAAGGAAUACAACUGUGAUGAUACAAGAUCAAGAAGAGGAAGUGAAACUCAAUUACCUAGAAGUGAAUAUGAACAUGAAACGGUAAGUGUUAUACUCUAAUGGUUUGCAAAAACUAAAGAAAAAUGAAGUUAUAUAAUGCACCAUUUUGAAGAACCAAAAAAAAAAAUAUAUUUAAUAUAAAUAUGAGAGCAAAAAAAGAGCACAAAAAACAAAUUUAAAUGGAAAUCAUUCACUGUUAUAUUUGCUCACCUUAUUAUUAAUUUGGUCUAUACGCCAUUUAUUUGAUUUUAAGAAAACCGAUUUUCAACCUUGAGAAAAGGAGAUAUGCAGUAGAUAUAGAACAAAAAUG